AUGGAUCAACAGGCCGAGCUGGAGGUGCUCUUCCAGACGCUAGGCGACCUGCGGUCAUAUCACUCUGCCGAAAUGGCCGCUCUGUCGUGGCUUGUGUACGAUAUCAUCAUUAUGAUACCGCUGGAGAUCCGACACAUUUGGCCAUCCCGGCUGACGCCGGCGAAAAUUUUGUUCUAUAGUUGCCGUGUAAUAGGUCUCUAUAUUCUCUUAUUAGACACUAUUGUCCUUAUCCCAUUAUGGUGUUUGUUUGGGGCCAACACGACCAUCUCGAUUACAUUAUCAAUCGACGUCGUUUCUUCUACUACUCUCACCUCCGCACCUCCGUUCGUCACAAUCGACGGGUGCUUGUCAAGUGUUAGCCGUACCCAGCUCAUGCUUGGAUCGUAUAUCAGUAGCACUUUGUUCAGUGGCACGGCUUUUGUACUUACACUCGCUAAGCUCUACCCCUACUGGAGGAUGAAAUCAGGCGCAGCACCGGUGGCUACGGUGUUCGUAAGAGACGGGACGGUAUUUUUCGUUAUAAUCUUUGUGGUGGAAGUCGUCUCCCUCAUCUGGGGCCAGAUCAUAACCCCCAUCCGCCCCAGCCUGCAAGACCUCGUCAACGUCCUACGCAUGGCAGUAUACUCCAUCUCAGGACCACGAUUGAUCUUGCAUUUGAGGGGAGUGGUGUCGCAGCCGAGUUAUGCGACCGAGAGCAGGACGGAGGUGACAGAGGUAACUGAGGAGAGGAGAACCUCGAAUGACCGAAGCGGAGGAACAGGCGAGACAUCGGAUUGGUCUAUCCCUUAG